ACCUACAUACAAGUAAAAUUAAAAUGGCGUCCAAGGUUGUAGUCAUCUGUGCGUUUGCAGUUUUGGUUCAGCAGUCCUUAGCUGGGCCGUAUUACCUCCCAAAAUCAUCAAGCUGCGGCUGCAGCUCUGGCAAAGUGGUUGUAAAAGAAAUUGAAAAAAUUGAAGAGAUAUCUUACAAACCGAUUGCUAUUGCACCGAAAAGCUAUUCGAGCAACUGCGUGUCCAUUGAGAUCCCUAACAAUGGAGGAUCUUUGGCUAUUUCUAGCAUCGGGCCGAUCGCUCCCUCCGGCAUCGCCGUCGCCACCGAGCUGGGUCUGGCUGGAGACUUGGUGCUCUCCGGCGAGCUGCCGUACUUGAGCGCGGUGGCGUUCGAGGGCAGUUUUGACACCAGUGGCGCCGUGCCGGUGGCGUACGGCUGUGGGGACUGUGUUGCCAUCACUGAACAGAUCGGAAGCAAUGUUGGCUCUGGCUCCUACAGCCUCUCCGGUCUCUCCGGUCUUGGUGUAUUUCUAAAGAUGGAAACGGAGCCGCAGGCGGGCACGCAUCCACCGAAGUCAACGGAGCCGAGCACGGGCACGGAGCCGGUCACGCAGGUGGUGCCGCACGCGGCGAUGUCGCCGGACACGCCCACCUGUCCGGUGCCGAGCAUUGCUGCUCAGAGGAGCUGUGGUUGCCAAUGCCAAGCCAUCAGCAUCCCUAGCAGCGGCGGCGCCCUGCCCAUUACCGCUCUCGGCCCCAUCACUCCGUCCGGCAUCGCCGUGGCCACGGAGCUGGGCCUGUCCGGCGACCUGGACCUGUCCGGCGCGCUGCCGUACCUGAGCGCGGUGGCGUUCGAGGGCCAGUUCGACACCAGCGGUACGGCUCCAGUGUCGUACGGCUGCGGGGACUGCGUCGCCAUCACCCAGCAGAUCGGCGGCUCCAGCGGCUGCGGAUGCGGCAGACGCUAAGUCAUAUUUGUAAGCA